AUGAACAUCGAGGAGUUUCGUGUGCGAGGUAAAGAAAUGGUUGAGUAUAUUUGUGAAUAUUUAAGAACAUUAGAAGGUAAAAGAGUUACUGCAAAUGUUGAUCCUGGUUAUUUGAGGCCUCUUUUACCCAACGAAGCACCGCUCAAGCCGGAGUCAUGGAACGACAUAAUGAACGAUGUUGAGAACAAAAUAAUGCCUGGGAUAACUCACUGGCAACAUCCGCGUUUUCACGCAUACUUUCCCGCCGGUAAUUCGUUUCCUUCGAUACUAGGCGACAUGUUAUCGGACGCGAUCGGCUGCAUCGGAUUUUCUUGGGCAGCAAGUCCAGCUUGCACAGAAUUAGAGACAAUUGUCCUCGAUUGGUACGCGAAGGCCAUUAAUUUACCCUCGGUAUUUUUAGCUGAGAAAAAAAAUUCUAAAGGCGGGGGAGUAAUUCAGGGAUCAGCAUCCGAGUGUAUUUUGGUGACGAUGUUAGCGGCGCGUAAUCAUGCGAUAAAUUUACUAAAAAAGAAAGAACCUUUGAUAGAAGACAGUGCUUUUCUACCAAGACUAGUUGCCUACUGUUCAACGGAAGCUCAUUCGUGUGUAGAAAAAGCAGCAAUGAUUUGUCUGGUAAAAUUACGAGUACUGGCACCCGACGAUCGUUGCUGUUUGCGAGGUGCUACACUAGAAGCAGCGAUAAAAGAUGAUAUCAAACGUGGACUGGUACCGUUUUUUGUAUCAACAACUCUGGGAUCAACUGGAUGCUGUUCCUUUGACAAUCUCGUCGAAAUCGGGCCAGUUUGUAAGAAACAAACGGGCAUUUGGCUACACGUCGAUGGUGCUUACGGUGGUAAUGCAUUUAUAUGUCCGGAAUUACGUCCACUGAUGGCUGGUAUUGAGUACGCAGACUCGUUUAAUACCAAUCCCAAUAAAUGGCUGCUCGUAAACUUUGAUUGUUCUUGUCUUUGGGUACGUGAUCGUGUUAAAUUAACCUCAGCUCUUGUUGUCGACCCACUUUACCUCCAACAUGCAAACUCUAAUGAGUCCAUUGACUACCGUCAUUGGGGUAUUCCACUGAGUCGCAGAUUCCGAGCGCUAAAACUCUGGUUCGUGAUGAGAAGCUACGGUAUCAUUGGGUUACAAAAGUAUAUACGUAAUCACAUACGCUUGGCUAAGAAAUUUGAAGCUCAGAUGAGAAAGAAUAAACGCUUUGAAGUACUGAAUGACGUUAGAGUUGGGUUAGUUUGCUUUCGACUUAAAGACACUGAUGAAAUAAAUCAAGAAUUGUUGGCAAAUAUAAAUGCCUCGGGUAAAAUUCAUAUGAUUCCGUCAAGAAUGAUGGGAAAAUAUGUAAUACGUUUUUGUGUUACUAAAGAAAAUGCUAAAGAAGACGAUAUUGAUUAUGCGGUAGAAGUUAUUGAAGAACAUGCUUCUGAAGUAUUACUCACGCACUACGAAGCAUCAGAAAUAGAACUCACGGCUAAGAGUCCCAAGAGUCCAGUUCCACUGGACAAGAAACUUGUGAGAAAAUUCAGUUUUACAAGAAGUGUUACACGAGAUGUUUAUAGAAGAACUAAAUCGAAGUCAACUUUACAUGACGGAGCAACACCGAUUAUGGUCGUCGAAGACAACAAUUCCCAAGUUGAUUUGAAUGAUGAGGAAGUAUUUUGUAGCGAUCGGUAG